CACAUGUGCGAUUGUUUACGCCUACAAACCUGCUCAUGAACUGGACGUUGUUGAUGGCCCCAGAAGGAUCAACAGUCAAGCUAUACCCCAUUCUAAACAUUUGGAUGAAGACCUCGAUAUGUUGCGGGGCAAAACUAUUAUCGUGACCGGGGCAAACAGUGGCAUUGGAAAAGCCACGGCUGCGGAGCUGCUGCGGUGUCAGGGCCGAGUGAUCAUGGCAUGUAGGGACCGAGAACGGGCGGAGAAAGCAGUCCAGGAAAUCCAGCAGGAGGCCGGAACAGAGCAAGGGGAGCUAGUGAUCAAACUCUUGGACCUGGCGUCGCUUAAAUCUGUCCGUAUUUUUUGCGAAGAGAUAAUGAAGGAAGAGUCAAGGAUUGACAUCCUGAUCAACAAUGCUGGAAUCUACCAGUGUCCAUACACCAAAUCAGAAGAUGGAUUCGAGAUUCAGUUUGCCGUCAAUCAUCUGGGUCACUUCCUGCUCACUAACCUCCUGCUGGAUCUCCUCAAACGCUCUGCUCCUAGCCGGAUAAUUGUAGUGUCCUCCAAGCUCUACAAAUACGGUGAAAUAAACGUUGAUGACCUGAACAGCGAGCAGAGCUAUGAUAAAGCUUUUGCCUAUGCACGGAGUAAACUAGCCAAUCUUCUAUUCACUCUGGAGCUCUCGCACCGACUCGAGGAGACCGGAGUGACAGUAAAUGCUCUCACCCCAGGGAUUGUGCAGACUAACCUGGGCAGGCAUGUCCACAUCCCAGUGCUGGUGAAGCCACUAUUUAACCUGGCUUCACGGGCCUUCUUCAAGUCCCCUGAGGAAGGUGCGCAGACUUCUAUCUAUCUGGCCUGCUCUCCGGAUGUGGAGGGCGUGACAGCCCCAUAA